UGAGCUGAGGCUGAGCCGUAGAUUUGUCGGCGGGAGAAAAAGCCCAUUCUCGUAAUCUGGAACACUGCACUCUACGCAGGAAAAGCCUCCGCAGAUCUUAAAUAAAAUCCAUUUAAAAGAAAAAAGAAAAAUCUGGCAAAUUGCAUCUUCCCCCGUCUAUGCUGGGGUGAGAAGCCGCUGCUAAUGCUCUGUCCGAAGUCCGAACAAGCACUCGGAUACCCCAUCUUCAUCUAAUUCUCUGCAAAUAAAUUCAUGCAUUUGAGAAGACGUUGCUUCCAUCCGCUGUUUUAGUUCCAAAGGACGAGUCUCAGAAGUUUUUCAGGAGGCUUUUCUUUUUUUGAUGGUCGCUCCUCAGUAGAUCUGGAGGAGAGCAGUGUUCCGGAUUGAUUUAUUUGGAGGUUCAGAACCGCUGUAAAGCUGGCGACGACACUGACGUGGAGGUUUGCUACCAGCAAUGGUAGCAGCCAUGGAACUAAUGACGCGGAAAGAAAUGGGGACACAAAACAUCAAGACUCAGAACCUCCGACUCCACGUUCAAGCAUGAAGAUUGGUACAAGGGACCGUGGAACAAUGGAGGACCCAGAUGGGACCUUGGCAAGUGUUGCCCAAUGCAUUGAGCAAUUGCGGAGGAGCUCUUCAACUGUACAGGAGAAAGAGAGCUCAUUGAAACAGUUGCUGGACCUUAUUGAUACACGUGACAAUGCUUUCAGUGCUGUUGGAUCUCAUUCUCAAGCAGUUCCCAUACUUGUUUCUCUUCUCAGAUCAGGAUCACUUGGAGUGAAAAUACAGGCUGCUACUGUAUUAGGUUCUCUAUGUAAGGAGGAUGAGCUAAGGGUAAAAGUCUUGCUUGGGGGUUGCAUUCCUCCAUUGCUUGGUCUGCUCAGGUCCAGCUCUGCAGAAGGACAAAUUGCAGCUGCAAAGGCAAUACAUGCUGUUUCUCAAGGUGGGGCUAAGGAUCAUGUUGGAUCAAAGAUUUUCUCAACGGAAGGAGUUGUUCCUGUGCUUUGGGAGCAACUAGAAAAUGGGCUAAAGGCUGGAAACUUGGUUGACAACCUGUUAACUGGAGCUUUGAGAAACCUAUCUAGCAGCACUGAGGGGUUCUGGUCUGCAACAAUAGAAGCAAGAGGUGUGGAUAUACUUUCAAAGUUACUCACAACUGGACAAUCAAGUACACAAGCAAAUGUUUGCUUUCUUAUUGCAUGUAUGAUGAUGGAGGACGCAUCUGUCUGCCCUAGAAUCUUAGAUGCAGGUGCUACUAAACAACUCCUCAAGCUAUUAGGGCCAGGUAAUGAAGCCUCUGUUAGGGCAGAAGCUGCAGGUGCUCUUAAAUCCCUUUCUGCUCAGUGCAAAGAAGCAAGGCGUGAGAUAGCUAAUUCUAAUGGAAUACCUGUUUUGAUAAAUGCAACAAUAGCUCCCUCAAAAGAAUUCAUGCAAGGUGAGUGUGCCCAAGCAUUACAGGAGAAUGCUAUGUGUGCUCUAGCAAAUAUCUCUGGCGGCUUGGCAUAUGUCAUCUCUAGCCUUGGUGAAAGUCUUGAGUCAUGCACUUCACCUGCUCAGGUUGCUGAUACAUUGGGGGCAUUAGCUUCGGCUCUCAUGAUAUAUGAUAGCAAAGCAGAAUCUAUCAGAGCAUCAGACCCUUUUAUUGUUGAGCAGGUAUUAGUUAAGCAGUUUAAACCUCGGUUACCAUUUCUUGUGCAGGAACGUACCAUUGAAGCUUUAGCAAGCUUGUAUACAAAUGCCAUUCUCUCAAAGAGGCUAAUGAAUUCUGAUGCAAAGCGUCUCCUUGUUGGUUUGAUCACAAUGGCAACCAAUGAGGUUCAAGAUGAGCUGAUAAGAUCUCUUCUCUUACUUUGCAACAAUGAAGGCAGUCUAUGGCGUUCCCUUCAAGGUCGGGAGGGGGUUCAACUAUUAAUAUCCCUUCUUGGUCUUUCCUCGGAGCAACAACAAGAAUGUGCAGUUGCAUUGCUCUGUCUCCUAUCAAAUGAGAACGAUGAAAGUAAAUGGGCCAUAACUGCUGCUGGUGGCAUACCUCCACUUGUUCAAAUUCUAGAGACAGGGUCUGUUAAAGCCAAGGAAGAUUCUGCAACAAUCUUAGGAAACCUCUGCAACCACAGUGAAGAUAUACGGGCUUGUGUAGAAAGUGCUGAUGCUGUGCCUGCUUUAUUAUGGCUACUGAAAAAUGGAAGUGAGAAUGGGAAAGGGAUUGCAGCAAAGACAUUGAACCAUCUUAUCCAUAAAUCUGAUACGGGGACAAUCAGCCAACUAACUGCUUUGCUGACCAGUGAUCUACCUGAAUCUAAGGUUUAUGUUUUGGAUGCCCUGAAAAGUUUGCUUUUGGUGGCUCCCCUUAAGGAUAUAUUACAUGAAGGAAGUGCUGCAAAUGAUGCACUUGAAACAAUAAUUAAAAUCUUGAGUUCUACGAGAGAAGAAACACAAGCUAAAUCUGCAUCAGUUUUAGCUGGACUCUUUGAUUGCCGGAAGGACUUACGGGAAAGUAGUAUUGCUGUCAAGGCUCUCUGGUCGGCCAUGAAGCUUUUAAAUGUGGACUCUGAAAAGAUUUUAAUGGAAUCUUCAUGCUGCCUUGCUGCCAUUUUUCUUUCAGUUAAACAAAACCGGGACAUUGCUGCAGUUGCUAUAGAUGCAUUGGCCCCAUUAGUUGUUCUUGCUAAUUCUUCAGUUCUGGAAGUUGCUGAACAAGCAACAAGGGCAUUGGCUAAUCUUCUUUUGGAUAAGGAGGUCCCGGAGCAGGCAUUUCCUGAUGAAAUUAUUUUGCCUGCUACAAGAGUAUUGCGAGACGGCACAAUUGAUGGAAGAGCCCAUGCUGCAGCAGCAAUUGCCCGUCUCCUCCAAUGUCGCUCAAUUGAUUCUUCAAUAUCUGAUUGUGUAAAUCGUGCUGGGACAGUUCUUGCGCUAGUUUCUCUUCUGGAGUCUGCUAAUAUUGAAUCUGCUGCCACAUCAGAAGCACUUGAUGCACUUUCUUUGUUGUCAAGGUCAAAAGGACCUACCAUGCAUAUAAAACCUGCCUGGGCUGUACUAGCUGAAUAUCCAAAUACCAUAGCUUCAAUAGUUUCAUGCAUUGCAGAUGCAACACCCUUGUUGCAGGAUAAAGCUAUAGAAAUUUUAUCAAGGCUUUGCCGUGAUCAGCCUGUUGUCCUUGGGGAUACAAUUUCAAGUACUUUGGGCUGUAUUUCAUCAAUUGCAAGGAGGGUAGUUGGUUCUAAAAACAUGAAGGUGAAAGUUGGUGGAACUGCACUUCUUAUUUGUGCUGCGAAGGUGCACCACCAAAGAGUGGUUCAAGCUCUGAAUGAGUCAAACUCAUGUGCCUAUCUCAUUCAAUCUCUGGUUGAGAUGCUCAAUUCAGCACAAGCAUCUUCAUUGCCAGAUCAGGGGGAUAGUGAAAACAAUGAGGAAAUAAGCAUUUACAGGCAUGGAAAGGAACAAACUAAAAAUAAUGAAACUGAAAAUGGCACAUCACUUAUUUCUGGUGACAGCUUAGCUAUUUGGCUGCUUUCUGUUCUUGCAUGUCAUGAUGAUAGAAGUAAAACUGCCAUUAUGGAGGCUGGAGCAGUUGAAGUUCUUACAGACAAAAUAUCUCGGUGUUUGUCACAAGCCAUUCAGAGUGAUUUUAGAGAAGAUAGCAGCACAUGGGUUUGUGCUUUGCUGCUUGCAAUUCUGUUUCAAGACAGAGAUAUCAUACGGGCACACACAACUACGCGAUCCGUUCCUGUACUUGCAAACCUGUUGAAGUCAGAGGAAUCAGCUAAUAGAUAUUUUGCAGCACAAGCACUUGCUAGUCUUGUAUGUAAUGGUAGCAGAGGGACUCUUCUAGCUGUUGCAAAUUCUGGGGCAGCAGCUGGGCUUAUUUCUUUACUGGGAUGUGCCGAGGUUGAUAUAUGUGACCUUUUGGAAUUGUCAGAAGAGUUUGCUUUGGUGCCCAAUCCAGAGCAGAUUGCUCUUGAAAGGUUGUUUAGAGUUGAUGACAUUAGAAAUGGUGCUACUUCUCGAAAAGCAAUACCUUCACUUGUUGAUUUGCUGAAACCGAUUCCAGAUCGACCUGGUGCACCUUUUCUGGCUCUUGGGCUCUUGACACAACUUGCAAAAGACAGUCCCUCAAACAAGAUUGUAAUGGUUGAAUCAGGGGCUUUAGAGGCUCUGACUAAAUACCUUUCACUUGGUCCACAAGAUGCAACAGAGGAAGCUGCCACUGAGUUAUUAGGGAUUCUAUUUGACAGUGCUGAAAUACGGAAGCAUGAUUCUGUAUUUGGUGCUGUUAAUCAACUUGUAGCAGUUUUACGGCUUGGUGGAAGAGGGGCAAGAUACAGUGCUGCCAAAGCAUUGGAGAGCCUGUUUUCCUCGGACCAUAUCAGGAAUGCAGAAACUUCUCGACAAGCUAUUCAACCCCUUGUCGAGAUUCUUAGCACUGGCUUGGAAAGGGAGCAACAUGCUGCUAUUGGUGCAUUGGUUAGGUUAUUGUGUGAAAGUCCAUCGAGAGCCCUAGCUGUUGCAGAUGUUGAAAUGAAUGCGGUGGAUGUUCUUUGCAGGAUCCUUUCAUCAAAUUGUUCAAUGGAGCUGAAAGGAGAUGCUGCUGAAUUGUGUUGUGCCCUUUUCAGCAAUACAAGAAUUAGGUCUACAGUAGCUGCAGCUCGUUGUGUUGAGCCUCUGGUGUCUCUUCUUGUAACUGAGUUUGGUCCUGCUCAUCAUUCAGUGGUCCGUGCACUUGAUAGACUAUUGGAUGAUGAACAAUUGGCUGAACUAGUUGCUGCACAUGGUGCAGUCAUUCCUCUUGUUAGCCUUCUUUUUGGUAGGAAUUACACACUUCAUGAGGCUAUAUCAAAAGCUCUUGUGAAGUUAGGAAAAGACAGGCCAGCAUGUAAGAUGGAAAUGGUAAAAGCUGGAGCCAUUGAGAGCAUACUAGACAUUCUACAUGAAGCACCUGAUUUUCUCUGUGCUGUAUUUGCAGAAUUGCUUCGGAUACUGACUAAUAAUACAAACAUAGCAAAAGGCCCAUGUGCAGCUAAAGUGGUUGAACCCCUUUUCCUAUUGCUAUCAAGACCAGAAUUUGGUCCUGAUGGACAGCAUAGUGUUUUACAGGUUCUUGUUAAUAUUUUGGAGCAUCCUCAAUGCCGUGCAGACUAUAAUUUGACUCCUCACCAAGCUGUUGAGCCACUUAUCCCUUUAUUGGAUUCUCUAGCUCCAGCUGUGCAACAGCUGGCAGCUGAACUUCUAUCACAUUUGCUCUUGGAAGAACAUCUUCAGAAGGACAUGAUAACACAACAAGUUAUUGGGCCUCUAAUACGAGUCCUAGGUUCAGGUAUACCCAUUCUGCAGCAGAGAAGUAUAAAGGCACUUGUCAGUGUUGCAAUAAUUUGGCCAAAUGAGAUUGCAAAAGAGGGUGGUGUCAGUGAGUUAUCUAAAGUGAUACUACAAGCUGAUCCUCCAUUGCCUCAUGCCUUGUGGGAAUCUGCUGCUUCUGUUUUAGCCAGUAUUCUGCAGUUUAGUUCUGAGUUUUAUUUGGAGGUACCUGUUGCAGUGUUGGUAAGAUUGCUCCGUUCUGGCACAGAAACCACAAUAAUUGGUGCACUAAAUGCUUUGCUUGUGUUGGAAAGUGACGACUCUACCAGUGCUGAGGCAAUGGCUGAAAGUGGUGCUGUGGAGGCACUUUUGGAACUUCUCAGGUGCCAUCAGUGUGAGGAAACUGCAGCAAGACUGCUGGAAGUGUUGCUGAACAAUGUGAAGAUCAGAGAAACAAAAGCUGCUAAGUCUGCAAUUGCACCAUUGUCCCAGUACCUGUUGGAUCCACAAACUCAAGCUCAGCAAGCAAGACUACUAGCAACCUUGGCUCUUGGUGAUCUUUUUCAGAAUGAGGCUCUUGCUCGAACUACGGAUGCUGUUUCAGCUUGUCGAGCUCUGGUGAAUCUUCUUGAAGACCAACCCACAGAAGAAAUGAAAGUGGUAGCUAUAUGUGCCUUGCAAAACCUUGUAAUGUACAGUCGAUCAAACAAAAGAGCUGUUGCAGAAGCUGGUGGCGUUCAGGUUGUACUGGAUCUUAUUGGUUCAAGUGAUCCAGAUACAUCAGUUCAGGCAGCAAUGUUUAUCAAACUGCUCUUCUCUAACCAUACCAUUCAGGAGUAUGCUUCUAGUGAAACAGUGAGAGCUAUAACUGCUGCUAUUGAGAAGGAUUUAUGGGCCACUGGAAGUGUAAACGAGGAAUAUCUGAAAGCUCUAAAUGCACUCUUUAGCAAUUUCCCACGUUUGAGAGCUACUGAACCUGCCACACUUAGUAUUCCACAUUUGGUCACGUCACUCAAGACUGGCUCAGAGGCAACUCAGGAAGCUGCUUUGGAUUCACUUUUCCUUCUCAGACAAGCUUGGUCAGCAUGCCCAGCUGAAGUCUCCAAAGCUCAAUCAGUUGCUGCUGCAGAGGCAAUUCCUUUGCUGCAAUAUUUGAUCCAGUCUGGUCCACCCCGAUUUCAGGAGAAGGCAGAGCUUCUAUUGCAGUGCUUGCCAGGCACAUUAAUGGUAAUCAUUAAGCGCGGCAACAAUUUGAAGCAAUCAGUGGGAAAUCCCAGUGUCUACUGCAAACUCACACUUGGAAACACUCCACCUAGGCAAACCAAGGUUGUAUCAACUGGUCCUACUCCCGAAUGGGACGAGAGCUUUGCAUGGGCAUUUGAAAGCCCUCCUAAAGGCCAGAAGCUUCACAUCUCCUGCAAAAAUAAGAGCAAAUUUGGAAAGAGUUCAUUUGGUAAAGUAACAAUCCAAAUUGACCGGGUUGUGAUGUUGGGAGCAGUGGCUGGGGAGUACACUCUGCUGCCUGAGAGCAAAAGCGGGCCCUCACGGAAUCUUGAAAUUGAGUUCCAGUGGUCAAACAAAUAGCAAUCCAUAUUAGGGUAAACACGAUCAUUCUUAUUUGUUGUAAUUUUAACUGUAGGAAAAAAAGAGAGAUCAGAAAGAAACAAGGGUGUAUUUGAUUUUUAUUUAUAAUACCAGUGUAUAUAGUCUUCAGGGGAGAUUUGUCAUUAUAGUUUUCUCAGCGCAGUGGUAAAACAAUGGGUUUAUUGUCUCCUUAGGUACAGUUGUUUUCAUUUAUUCUUUUGUAUUUUAUCUUCUUUCUUAUUUCUCGGGAUUAAAUUUGGUGAGGAGCAAAUGUAGUUUCCUUAUUUUGUAAUUUGUUAUUGAUUGUGAGUGUGUUCAUAAAUUUUGCGGAGGAUAUCAUGGGGAUGGCCUUUCUUUUCUUCUCAUCUCUAUUGUAACUUCUUUGUCAAUUGGAUGUUGAAUUACGCAAAAUAAGUGAAUGGAUUUC